AUGGGCUUGAUUCAAAGCAUCCUAGAAGACGAUGUUGUCAGCUGCAGUGAUUCUGAACACGAGUAAGCUUGUUUUGCCUCUAUUCUUUGUUGUUAUAGAUAAAAAGAAACGUUUUGUUUACCAGUUAUUUAUUUUUCGGAUUUAUUUGUUUUUCGUCCAGAAAUUUCGUCAUCCGACAAGAUUUUGUUUACGGAUCUUUGAUCUUUUUGAUCGAAAUUUGUUUCUAAGUUUAUAAAGCUGCUUUGACUUAUUAAACUGUCUCAGUUUUACUAUUAAACCUUUGAAAAUCAGCUUUCAAUGAUAAAAUACUGUUAUCAAAAUGGUUAUCACUUCCAGGCCUACAAAAUCCGAGAUUCGUCAAGAGGAAACACAUAAGGUAAGGUGGAAAAGUUGUUAAAUUUGAUAAAGUUUGUGAUAUAUACUGUUGUUUUCUGUUUUAAAUGAUUUAUGCGGGGUACCAUGUUGUUUUAAGACCAUCAAUUUGAACAUACGGUUUUGUUUGGGGUUUUGGUCAUAACUUUUGGGCUAGGUCAUGGAAUUGGACCAAAUUUUCUCAAAACGUUCUUUAACUCAAUGUCAACGUCCUGACAAUAUUUUAUUUUAUAGUCUAUUCUUGAGAUUAUGAUACAAGUUAUUUUGUGCCAUCCGUCAAGUAUUUUGGCUUUGUUACCUAAAACCUUUGAUUUCUUGUAGCUGAUUGAAUCCCAGAAGUUGUUCUUCAUGUCAGGGAAGACUUUUGAUGUUGACUAUAGAUUGUCGUUGCUGAAUAAGCUCAAGUGUCUGUUUGAGACCAAUAUUGAGGACUUUUCCAAUGCAUUGUCAGGAGAUUUGAAAUGUUCGGUGGACAUACUCAAGAAUACUCAUUUCAAAGAGGUUGAGGAUGAAUUCCAGUAUAUUUUUGAGAAGUUGAACGAGAUUAAAGUAUGUUCUUUAAUUUUAUUUGAAAUUUGAAUAAGUUAUGGUUAACUCGGUCUUGUUUUAGAGUAAAAACUUGAGGAUAACAUCAAUUUUCUUCGAUUUUUGAGAGAAAAUUUAGAAUUUUUUGUAGUAAUGUCUAUUUUUAAUGUCAAAAAUUUUAGAAAACUUCAAGCAAAGUGUAUGACAGGCCAGCAGGCUCUGUACUGAUCCUAGGAACAUUCACUUUUCCUAUCACAGCUUGUUUUGUACCAGCAAUGGCGGCUUUGGCCGCAGGGAAUGUUGUGGUUAUCAAGCCUUCGGAAUUGGCUCCAAGGACUGCCAGAGCUCUUACUGAUACGUUUGAUGAGGCUUUUUUGGAGGUGGGUUAAAAUUUUUAUGAUUUUUGUAAAUUUUUUUUAUUUUUGAACUUUUAAAAUUUAAAUAUUUGAUUUCAGGACCAGUUGGCAGUAAUUCCAGGCGAUCAAUGGACGGCUAAAGAGUUGCUAAAUGAAUCUUGGGACCAUAUUUUCUUUGUUGGGCCACACAGAGUGGCCAAGUUUGUCUUGAGUGCUGCUGCUCAACACUUUACACCAGUUACCUUGGAGUUGUUGGGUCGGAGGUAUGUAUAAGAUCGAACUUAACUUACUUUUGGAUGUACAUAUUGAAGUGAACUUACUUUUGACUGUAUAUACUGAAAUAAGCGUACUUUUAACUGUACAGGCUACUGCAAGCUUAAUUUCAGUUUGGCCUUCAUAUUGCCUGGAGCUGAUAUUGAAGGAGCGGCCAAGGAGAUCGCGUGCAAUAAGUGGAACGCUAAUGCUUUGGUAUGGUAAAAUAAUGUUACUUUUACCUAUUUCUAAACAAGUAUAUGUUGAAUUCAAUAAGAGCGAGGCAUAUUCUGCCCUUGUUAUUAAGUUGUAUAAAAAGUAAUGAGCUAUGUUUUUCAUUGAAUCAUUAUGUUUGGUAGCGCAUUACUUUUUAUACAGUUUAAUAGUAAUAUUUUUUGAUGUAUAAGCUUUAUAAAGUAAAGGAUUUAGGUAAAAAAUCAAAGAAAAAACAAAAAUUUUAGUUAUCAGAGUCAAUUGACUAUGUCAUCUGCUCAAAAGAAGAUGACAUUCACAAGUUGGCUGACCUUUUGAAUCAUGAGAUUGUAAAAUCAUUUGGCCGCAAUCCGGAAGAUUCAAAUGCCUUUAAACGGGUUUUAAAUCGUCAGUUUUAUGAGUAAGUUUUAGAAGAAAAUAGAGGGCGGGGUAAUUUCAAAGAGGAGGGGUGGGGAAAAAUUGAUUUUAAUUUUUAAUAAACCUUACAUUAUUAUAUUUAAAUGUCAUUAUUAAUCGUAUUUUUCAGUAAAAUUGAAAACGUUUUGACAAAAACAGAAGGAGAUUUGCUAGCUAGUCCAUCAAUUGGGUAUGACAACAGAAGUGACUACUAUAUUGCACCCUAUAUCUACAAGGUUGAGGUUGGCGACAUUUUGUUGAAGGAGGAGGUGGGUCUUGGACUAUUUUACUAUUCUUUUUAUUCUAUUAGUCUAGCAUUACUUUUGGACUUUUAGAUAGUGCUGGGCGGGUAAUUUUGUCUCGGCAGGGCGGGGUAAAAAAAAUUUUGGAUGGAUUUUUCUCAUUCGCUUAGUCUCGGCCCUGAUAGUACCGUUUUCUCAACCUCAAUAAUACCGCUUUGUUCUAAUUUUCCAUAUUUUAGUUAAUAGGCCCAAUCCUACCAAUAGUACUAAUAGAAGAUGCCCAAGAAGCGGUCGAUUAUAUCAACAGAAAUGGCGAGAAACCAGCCAAUGUAUUUCUAUAUGGCAAUGAUGAGAAACAGGUCAAAAACUUGCAAUUCCAAAUCAAAACGGAACGAUUGGGCGUGAGAACGGCACGGAACAGUGUAAAAUACGGUCAGUUUUAAAGUUUGAUCAAUUUUUUAGGUAUAAGUAUUAAUAAAAAUGAGGAUAAAACCUAAUAUUGUGAUGGACAACACAAAAUGAUUUGUUUUUUGUGUUUAUUAUAGCGAGAGUGUUAUAUCUGAACGUAUAAUGGGUUUAAAAAAGUCUUGUCGCUUUUUUACAUACAAAGCUGUGGUUAAAAACGACAAAACUUUUUUACACUUUAUAAAGUUAAAAAAUGCUAGUCUAUAACAAUAUAAAUGCUAAAAAUGGUAAUUCCUAAACACAUAAUUACUAAAAAUGUCAUUUUCUAAACAUUUAACUCUUUAAAAUGUCACUAAACAAACAUAUGAACAUGAUAUAACCCUUUUCAGUCGAGAAAAAUAAUCUGACCGCGCCGACUCUCCGCGCCGGCGAUCUCUUUGAACGCUUCUCGCGGCGAACACUAAAACAUGAUUGA